AUGUCCACCCUAACCCCCCAAGAAAGGGUGCUCCUCGAAACCGCCACAAAAACAAUAACCAGCAUCAAACCCUCCGACACGCACAGCGUCGCUAGCGCUAUCCUCGCCUCCGACGGCCGGGUCUUCUCCGCCGUAAAUGUCCACCACUUUACCGGCGGCCCUUGUGCCGAACUCGUCGCUCUGGGGAGUGCUGCUGCGGCUGGGGCGGAGAAUCUCACGUAUAUUGUGGCUGUCGAGGAUACACGGCGUAUUUUGAGUCCCUGUGGAAGGUGUCGGCAGGUUUUGUGGGAUUUGUGCCCUGGGAUUCGGGUUAUUGUUUUAGGGGAGGAGGGGCCUAGGGUUGUUGGUAUUGGGGAGUUGUUGCCUUUUGCUUAUUCUUGGGAUGGUGAGGAGUAG